GGAGUUGGCGCCAGCGCGGCGCUAUGGUUCUGAGGAACAGCGGGCGGCGGCGCGCGGAGCCGGGCUCGGACGGCGAAGCCAGCCGGGACGAUGGCCCCUCUACCUCUGUCUCGGCACUCAAGCGCCUGGAGCGCAGUCAGUGGACAGAUAAGAUGGAUCUGCGAUUUGGUUUUGAGAGACUCAAGGAGCCUGGUGAGAAGACAGGCUGGCUUAUCAACAUGCACCCUACGGAGAUUUUAGAUGAAGAUAAACGCUUAGUUAGUGCAGUGGAUUACUACUUUAUUCAAGAUGAUGGGAGCAGAUUUAAGGUGGCCUUGCCCUAUAAGCCAUAUUUCUACAUUGCAACCAGAAAGGGUUGUGAGCGAGAAGUUUCGUCUUUUCUCUCUAAGAAGUUUCAGGGUAAAAUUGCUAAAGUAGAGACUGUCCCUAAAGAGGAUCUGGACUUGCCAAAUCACUUGGUUGGUUUGAAACGAAAUUACAUUAAGCUGUCCUUCAACACCGUGGAGGACCUUGUCAAAGUGAGGAAGGAGAUCUCCCCUGCUGUGAAGAAAAACCGGGAGCAGGGCCACACCAGUGAUGCCUAUACGGCUAUGCUCACCAGUGUUCUACAAGGGGGCAGUGUGAUUACUGAUGAAGAAGAAGCCUCUAAGAAGAUUGCUGACCAGUUGGACAACAUUGUGGACAUGCGAGAGUACGAUGUGCCCUACCACAUCCGCCUCUCCAUUGACCUGAAGAUCCAUGUGGCUCACUGGUACAAUGUCCGGUACCGAGGAAGUGCCUUUCCAGUGGAAAUUGCCCGCCGCGAUGACCUUGUUGAACGACCCGACCCUGUGGUUUUAGCAUUUGACAUUGAGACGACCAAACUGCCCCUCAAGUUUCCCGAUGCUGAGACUGAUCAGAUUAUGAUGAUUUCCUAUAUGAUUGAUGGUCAGGGCUACCUCAUCACCAACAGGGAGAUCGUCUCAGAAGAUAUAGAAGAUUUCGAGUUCACCCCCAAGCCAGAAUAUGAAGGGCCCUUCUAUGUCUUCAAUGCGCCUGAUGAGGUUCAUCUCAUCCAAAGAUGGUUCGAACACAUCCAGGAGACCAAACCCAACAUCAUGGUCACCUAUAAUGGGGACUUCUUUGACUGGCCGUUUGUGGAGGCCAGAGCAGCGGUCCAUGGACUGAGCAUGUACCAGGAGGUUGGGUUCCAGAAGGACAGCCAGGGGGAGUACAAAGCACCCCCGUGCAUCCACAUGGACUGUCUCAGGUGGGUGAAGAGGGACAGUUACCUUCCUGUGGGCAGCCACAACCUCAAAGCAGCUGCCAAAGCCAAGCUGGGCUAUGACCCCGUGGAACUGGACCCCGAGGACAUGUGCCGGAUGGCCACUGAGCAGCCCCAGACGCUGGCCACCUACUCGGUGUCAGAUGCAGUGGCCACAUACUACCUGUACAUGAAGUACGUCCACCCCUUUAUAUUCGCCCUGUGCACCAUUAUCCCCAUGGAGCCCGAUGAGGUGCUGCGGAAGGGCUCCGGGACGCUGUGUGAGGCCUUGCUGAUGGUACAGGCCUUCCACGCCAACAUCAUCUUCCCCAACAAGCAGGAGCCAGAGUUCAGCAAGCUGACAGAUGAUGGCCACGUGCUGGAUGCCGAGACCUACGUGGGCGGCCACGUGGAAGCCCUGGAGUCGGGCGUGUUCCGCAGCGAUAUCCCCUGCCGGUUCCGGAUGAAUCCUGCUGCUUUUGACUUCCUGCUGCAGCGGGUGGAGAAGACCAUGCGUCACGCCAUCGAGGAAGAGGAGAAGGUGCCCAUGGAGCAGGUCACCAACUUCCAAGAGGUGUGUGAUCAGAUUAAGACCAAGCUCACCUCCCUGAAAGAUGUUCCUAACCGAAUUGAGUGUCCCCUUAUCUACCACCUGGACGUGGGGGCCAUGUACCCCAACAUCAUCUUGACGAACCGCCUGCAGCCCUCCGCUAUGGUGGAUGAGGCCACCUGUGCUGCCUGUGACUUCAACAAGCCUGGAGCAAACUGCCAGAGGAAGAUGGCCUGGCAGUGGAGGGGCGAGUUCAUGCCAGCCAGCCGCAGCGAGUAUCAUCGGAUCCAGCACCAGCUGGAGUCAGAGAAGUUUCCUCCCUUGACCCCAGAGGGCCCAGCCCGGGCCUUUCACGAGCUGUCCCGCGAGGAGCAGGCUAAAUACGAGAAGCGGAGGCUGGCAGAUUACUGCCGGAAGGCAUACAAGAAAAUCCACGUGACCAAGGUGGAAGAACGUCUCACCACCAUCUGCCAGCGGGAGAACUCCUUCUACGUGGACACGGUGCGUGCCUUUCGGGACAGGCGCUACGAGUUCAAAGGUCUCCACAAGGUGUGGAGAAAGAAGCUCUCUGCGGCAGUGGAGGUGGGAGAGGCAGCGGAAGCAAAGCGCUGCAGGAACAUGGAGGUCCUGUACGACUCCCUGCAGCUGGCUCACAAGUGCAUCCUCAACUCCUUCUAUGGCUACGUCAUGCGCAAAGGGGCCCGCUGGUACUCCAUGGAGAUGGCUGGCAUCGUCUGCUUCACGGGGGCCAACAUUAUCACCCAGGCACGGGAGCUGAUUGAGCAGAUCGGGAGGCCCUUAGAGCUGGACACAGAUGGAAUAUGGUGUGUCCUGCCCAACAGCUUCCCGGAAAACUUUGUCAUCAAGACGACCAGUGUGAAAAAGCCCAAGGUGACCAUCUCCUACCCUGGGGCUAUGUUAAACAUCAUGGUCAAGGAAGGCUUCACCAAUGACCAGUACCAGGAGCUGGCCGAGCCCUCCUCACUCACCUAUGUCGCCCGCUCGGAGAACAGCAUCUUUUUUGAGGUUGACGGACCCUACCUUGCCAUGAUCCUUCCAGCCUCCAAGGAAGAAGGCAAGAAACUGAAGAAGAGGUAUGCCGUAUUCAACGAGGAUGGUUCCCUGGCUGAGCUCAAGGGUUUCGAGGUCAAGCGCCGUGGGGAGCUGCAGCUGAUUAAAAUCUUCCAGUCCUCGGUAUUCGAGGCCUUCCUUAAGGGCAGCACCCUAGAGGAGGUGUAUGGCUCUGUUGCCAAGGUGGCUGAUUACUGGCUGGACGUGCUGUAUAGCAAGGCAGCUAACAUGCCUGAUUCUGAGCUGUUCGAGCUGAUCUCUGAGAACCGUUCCAUGUCUCGGAAGCUGGAAGAUUAUGGGGAGCAAAAGUCUACGUCCAUCAGCACGGCCAAGCGCCUGGCUGAGUUCCUGGGAGACCAGAUGGUGAGGGAUGCAGGGCUGAGCUGCCGCUACAUCAUCUCCCGGAAGCCUGAGGGGUCUCCGGUCACAGAGAGGGCCAUUCCACUCGCCAUUUUCCAGGCAGAGCCCACGGUGAGGAAGCACUUUCUCCGGAAAUGGCUUAAGAGUUCUUCCCUUCAAGACUUUGAUAUUCGGACAAUUCUGGACUGGGACUACUACAUCGAGCGACUGGGAAGUGCCAUACAGAAGAUCAUCACAAUCCCUGCGGCCCUGCAGCAGGUGAAGAACCCAGUACCACGUGUCAAGCACCCUGACUGGCUGCACAAAAAACUGCUGGAGAAGAAUGAUGUCUACAAGCAGAAGAAGAUCAGUGAGCUCUUUGUCCUUGAGGGCAAGAGACAGGUGGGCGUGGCACAAGCUUCAGAAGGUGCCCAGAGCCUUGGCACCCCCGACAUGGAGGACUUCGGCCUUGUGAAGCCGCUCCGCUUGGCAGUGCCCGUUGCUACCAAGAGGAGGCGUAGCCGCUGGGAGAGCCAGGAGGAGUCGCAGGACCUGGAGCUGACGGUGCCCUGGCAGGAGAUCUUGGGGCAGCCUCCGGGGCUUGGAACCACCCAGGAAGAGUGGCUGGUCUGGCUCCAGUUCCACAAGAAGAAGUGGCAGCUACAAGCUCGACAGCGCCUUGCUCACAAGAAGAGGCGGCGUCUGGAGGGGGCAGAAGGUUCACCAAGGCCUGGGACCAUCCGAGAGGGGCCCUCCACAGGGCUGGGGGGCUUCUUUCGAAGAACUGCUCGCAGCAUUCUGGACCUUCCGUGGCAGAUUGUGCAAAUCAGCGAGACCAGCCAGGCUGGCUUAUUCAGGCUGUGGGCUGUCAUCAGCAGUGACCUAUAUUGCAUCAAGCUGAACAUUCCCCGGGUAUUCUACGUGAACCAGCGGGUGGCCAAAGCGGAAGAGGGCCCUUCCUAUCGGAAGGUGAAUCGGGUCCUUCCUCGCUCCAACGUGGUCUACAAUCUCUAUGAGUACUCGGUGCCAGAGGACAUGUACCAAGAGCACAUCAACGAGAUCAACACUGAGCUGGCGGCGCCGGACAUCGAGGGCGUGUAUGAGACUCAGGUUCCGUUAUUGUUUCGGGCCCUGGUGCAGCUCGGCUGUGUGUGUGUGGUCAAUAAACAGUUGGUGAGGCAUCACUCAGGCUGGGAAGCAGAAACCUUCGCUCUUGAGCACCUGGAGAUGCGCUCUCUGGCCCAGUUCAGCUACCUGGAACCAGGGAGCAUCCGCCACAUCUACCUGUAUCACCACGCGCAGGGCCACAAAGCUCUCUUCGGCAUCUUCGUGCCCGCACAGCGCAAGGCGUCUGUGUUUGUGUUGGAUACCGUGCGAAGCAACCAGAUGCCCAGCCUCAGUGCCCUGUACUCAGCCGAGCACAGCCUCCUGCUGGAGAAAGUGGGCCCCGAGCUCCUGCCCCCCAGCAAACACACUUUUGAAGUUCGGGCUGAAACAGACUUGAAGACCAUCUGCAGAGCCAUCCAGCGCUUCCUGCUGGCCUACAAAGAGGAGCGCCGUGGGCCCACACUCAUCGCUGUUCAGUCCAACUGGGAGCUGAAGAGGCUGGCUGGCGAAGUUCCCGUCUUGGAGGAAUUCCCGCUAGUGCCCGUCCGUGUGGCUGAUAAGGUCAGCUACGGGGUCCUGGACUGGCAGCGCCACGGAGCCCGGCGCAUGAUCCGGCACUACCUCAACCUGGACACUUGUCUGUCACAGGCCUUCGAGAUGAGCAGGUACUUCCACGUCCCCGUUGGGAAUCUGCCAGAGGACAUCUCUACCUUUGGCUCCGACCUCUUCUUUGCCCGCCAUCUCCAGCGCCACAACCACCUGCUCUGGCUGUCUUCUACAUCGCGCCCUGACCUGGGCGGGAAGGAGGCUGACGACAACCGCCUCGUCAUGGAGUUCGAUGACCAAGCGCCCGUGGAGAUCAACAGUUCAGGCUGUUACUCCACAGUGUGCGUGGAGCUGGACAUUCAGAACCUGGCUGUCAACACCAUCCUGCAAUCUCACCACGUCAAUGACAUGGAGGGGGCCAACAGCAUGGGCAUCAGCUUCGAUGUGAUCCAGCAGGCCUCCCUGGAGGACAUGAUCACGGGCAAUCAGGCUGUGAGCGCCCUGGCCAGCUACGACGAGACUGCCCUGUGCUCCAGCACCUUCAGGAUCCUGAAGAGCAUGGUGGUGGGCUGGGUGAAGGAGAUCACGCAGUACCGCAAUAUCUACGCCGACAACCAGGUGAUGCACUUCUACCGCUGGCUCCGGUCCCCGUCCUCGCUGCUUCACGACCCCACCCUGCACCGCACGCUGCACAGCAUGAUGAAGAAGCUCUUCUUGCAGCUCAUUGCUGAGUUCAAGCGCCUGGGGUCAUCAGUCGUCUAUGCCAACUUCAACCGCAUCAUCCUAUGCACCAAGAAGCGGCGGGUGGAAGAUGCCCUUGCCUACGUGGAGUACAUCACCAACAGCAUCCAUUCUAAAGAGAUCUUCCAUUCUUUGACAAUUUCUUUCUCUCGAUGCUGGGAAUUUCUUCUCUGGAUGGAUCCCUCUAACUAUGGUGGAAUCAAAGGAAAUGUUCCAUCUAGUAUUCACUGUGGACAGCAAGACUCCCCUGAAGAGGGCAGAGUAGAGGGGGAGGAGCCUGAGGAGGAGCCUGAGGAGGGAGAUACACAGGAGCUGGAUGUCGAGGACCUGCUGGAAAACAACUGGAACAUUCUGCAGUUCCUGCCGCAGGCAGCCUCCUGCCAGAGCUACUUCCUCAUGAUCGUUUCAGCGUACAUCGUGGCCGUGUACCACAGCAUGAAGGAGGAGCUGAGGCGCAGCGCCCCGGGCAGCACCCCCGUGAGGAGGAGGGGGGCCAGCCAGCUCUCCCAGGAGGCCCAGGGGGAGGCUGGAGCCCUUCCCGGAAUGAUCACCUUCUCACAAGAUUAUGUGGCUAACGAACUCACUCAGAACUUCUUCACCAUCACACAGAAGAUUCAGAAGAAAGUCACAGGCUCUCGGAACUCGACUGAGCUCUCAGAAAUGUUUCCUGUCCUCCCCGGUUCUCACCUGCGUCUCAAUAACCCCGCUCUGGAGUUCAUCAAAUAUGUGUGCAAGGUCCUGUCUCUGGACACGAACAUCACAAACCAGGUGAACAAGCUAAACCGAGACCUGCUUCGCCUGGUAGAUGUCGGCGAGUUCUCGGAGGAGGCCCAGUUCCGAGACCCCUGCCGCUCCUACGUGCUCCCUGAGGUCAUCUGCCGCAGCUGUAACUUCUGCCGGGACCUGGACCUGUGCAAAGACCCCUCCUUCUCUCAGGAUGGGUCUGUGCUGCCUCAGUGGCUCUGCUCCAACUGUCAGGUAGCCUACGACUCAUCAGUCAUUGAGAUGGCCCUGGUGGAAGCCCUGCAGAAGAAACUGAUGGCCUUCACCCUGCAGGACCUGAUCUGCCUGAAGUGCCGGGGUGUGAAGGAGACCAACAUGGCCAUGUACUGUAGCUGUGCCGGGGCCUUCUCCCUCACCAUCCACACCAAGGUCUUCAUGGAGCAGAUCAGAAUCUUCCGGAACAUUGCCCAGCACUAUGGCAUGUCGUACCUCAUGGAGACCCUGGAGUGGCUGCUGCAGCAGAACCCCCAGCUGGGCCAUUAGCAAGCUGGGCAGCGUCCCCAUUCUCUGCUCUGACUACCCACAUCCAAGACGGGCACCCAGGAAGAUGAUCCUCAGGGAGCUUUCAGGGAGCAGGUCAUGCAGCCCAGAAGAAGCAUGAACCAGCCAGAGCAAGAAGUGGCUCCACCUCCAGGUUCUCUGGGGCCCCUAGGCUCGGUCAGGGCAGCCCUCUCUAGGCCCAAGAAGCGUCUCCAGCGAGGGGUCCCAGGGCUGCUUUCUCGCUGGAUGAACACCCCUCUGCUGCUGCACGGCCCUCCCUUCAGCCCCGGCCCUUCCUGCCCACUCCUCUGCUGCCCUGAGGUGCCCUCGGAGGUCUUCUGUUUGAGCCGAGCCCCUGAGGGUGGCUGGAAGCCAGACGCAGGGUCAGGGGCACCUGAGUGGGAGUCUGCAGCCCCAGCUCUCCAGUCCCUUGCUUCCGGGAGAGGUGCUGUCCUACAGUCCACACCAGCGGCAUGCGAGCCGCAUCCAGGGGACCCUGGCUGAACCCGUGGCGACCUGGGCAUCUCUCACACACUGAGUUCUGGGGCUUGGGCCCCUCUGUCUGUGGAGAUUCCCGGUCAGAGCAGGCUUUGCCGGAGUGUCUGUAUCAUGGCGUAGUCACCUCGUCGGCAGCAGCGAGACUGGGCUGGGGGCGGGAAGGCUGAGGAAGGGGAGGGUCUCAGGCUGGGGCUCAGCCGCAGCGGGGCCUGGCACCUCUGCCUCUGAAUCUGCGUGUGCUGUGAGGGGGCCACUGCAGCAGGAGGCCUGGGGGCCCCGGGGAGGGAGGAGGCGCACCAUUAUCGCGGACUUCGACACCAUAUGUUAGCACCUGGAUUCUAGAAAAGUAUUUCUUCACAUGCAAGACUAAGUUCUUUUCUUCAGGUCUGAGGAGUGGUUGGGAGAGGAUGGAGAAAAGGGCAACAGCAAUUUUAUCGGGAUUGAGGCAGUUCUGUUCUUGCUUCUCAGCCUCAGGGAUCAGUACAAGACCUGUGACCCCAAGGCAGAGAGGGUCAUUGGGCUGUGCCCCCUUUAAAAUGCGACACUCACCACCAGCUUGUUCAGGGCCCUGUUGCUGCACAGAGGUGUGGGCCGUGCUGUUUUCUCCUCCCGGGUGGGGCUGAAAGAGGAGAAUGGGCCAGACUGGGGAACCCUUUGCUGAGCAUGAGUUCUCCCUCCGUUCUGCCAGCAGCCCCAGAACGUAAGACCAACUCCAUGCACCUCACUUCUAACUAAAUGCAACUGGAAGCAAAAGGAAACCGGCCAAAUUGGCGAGGACACAAACAUGUUAAAAGUGAAUCAUAAACUCAGAAACCUCAAACGGGUGGGCAGUGGAGGCCCCACCGUUGGCUCUGGAGCCUGGUUUAAAUUUGUCCUCGUUAUCUCAAUUUACACUUUGGAUUUUCGUUUUAAUUUUACACUUUGACAUUUCCUACAAUUUUCACUGUGUGUAUGUUUGUGCACUGCGCCUGGGUCUCUGGAAGGAAGGAAGGAAGACUAAGUAAC